AUGGUAUUAGAAACAAGUCAUGCAACGAAUUCAUCAUCAACGAUAGAAAAUGUAACUGUUAAAAGAAAAAAAUUAUGGAUUAUUCUGGGUAUUACUCUUAGUAUCAUAGUCAUUGCGGCAAUAGUUAUUCCAACUACUAUCGUUCUUACAAAAAGGACAAAAGCACCAAAACCAACAACAACAAUAACUACAGCAACAACAUCAAAAAUAGAAACAACAAAUGAAAUUAUGAAUUCAUCAGAUAUGACAAUAACAAGCACAAUGACAAUGCAAACGACAGAGGUAUCAACAACAGAUGAAAUUUCGUCAAUAAAUAAAGAUAUUACAACAACAACGAUGGUGACUAUGAACAUGAAAACAACGCAAAUGUCAGUAACUACAAGUGAAAUUAUGAUGAUAGAAAACGAUACAUUUGACAUUAACAACAAUAAUAGUACAACAGUAUCUCAGAUCACUACAUAA